UGAAAUGCUAGAAGAUUGUUGUUCUUGUGUUACUCAUUCAUGCAAAUUGGAGAAGGUAUAAUUGAAACAAGGUUGGCAGUGUUUGAGGCAGUGUACUGCAGCUGAGCUCAGCUUAAAGGUCGCUGGAAAUCAAGUGCUUUGUAAGUGAAGGCAUUUUGACUACAGACGAUUCAAGACAUUUUGGAAACGUCAGUCUCGGGAAUGGGCCGUCUUUUUCUUUCUGUGAUAUCUGGUCUCUAAGGUUUUACUUAGGAUAAAGACUACGACUUCUGAGCUCUUUUAGGCACCACAAGUGAUUUUUUCUUUCGAUGCAGUGCAGCUGCUUCUAGCCUGUCUACCGACAGAGAUCUUUGUUAUGACUUUCAGCCCUUAACAUGUUUGGAAAUGAGAACAAAUGGCACAAAGCUUACGAUUGCACUUUGCAGCCAGAAGAAGCAAUACUUAUCCUGUGUCAGAAAUCUCUGGAGAUGAUUCGGAUAGCAGUGUUCACAUGUGCUUCACAAGACCAACACGGAUUUCAACGUCUAACGUGGUUCAAAUGAAGCUGACUCCCAGACAGACUACACUACCUCCAUUAAUAAAGGAAAACGUUAAAUCUCAGGAAGGAUCAUCUGUACCUUCACCUGAAAAUGUAAAUAAAAAGAGCAGCUGUCUUCAGAUUUCACUACAGCCAACAAGGUACAGUGGAUGUCUUCAGUCUGCCAAUGUCUUAGCUGAUGGUGAUGAUGCUUCAUUUACUUGUGUCUUGAAGGAUGGCAGUGCUGUGGUUGUUAAUGAACUGAAUGCUGUGGAUGAUGGUAACCUCUUGAGCAGUCCUGCCAUUUGUAGUGGUAGCCUUAGUCACUUCUCAGCCAGUGAGAAUGGGUCUUAUAGCAGCAACGGUAGUGAUUAUGGGUCAUGCACAAGUAUCACCAGUGGAGGUUCAUACACCAACAGUAUCAUCAGUGAUAGCAGUGGUUAUACUUUUCCACCAACUGAUGAUACCUUUUUUGGUGGAAAUUCAUCUUCUGACAGCAUCUCCAAUAGAAGUUUGCCAAACAGGAAUACUACUCCAUGUGAAAUUUUUUCGAGAAGUAGAAGUACAGUUCCCUUUGUCCAGCAUGACCUGGAUCGUGGACUAGAGAUUAUGAAAUUGCCAGUGAGCAGGAACUUGAAAAUUCCACUAAAACGUUGUUCAUCCUUAGUCAUUUUUCCUAGGAGUCCUUCAAAUACCCCACCAACUUCUCUAACAAGUACAGGUGCUCCUCCAAGCAAAGGAUCCUAUCAGACCUCACACCAGUUUAUUAUUUCUCCUAGUGAAAUUGCCCACAAUGAAGAUGGCAGUAGUGCUAAGGGAUUUCUUUCAACAGCUGUCAAUGGACUUCGGUUAUCUAAAACAAUUACUCCCAGAGAAGUAAGAGACAUACAACCUCUUCACAGCUCAUUACAAAAGAAAAUUGUUAUUGCAAAUAAUAGUCCAAAUCAGACUGUCUGUGAAAAGUCAUCUGAAGGAUAUUCUUGUGUUUCAGUGCAUUUCACCCAACAAAAAGCAACUGCAUUAGAUUGCGAAACAGCAAAUGGUGAUUGUAGACCAGAGAUGUCAGAAAUUAAGCUUAAUUCUGAUUCAGAGUAUAUUAAGCUUAUGCACAGGACAUCUGCAUGUUUCCCAUCUUCCCAAAAUGUAGAUUAUCAAAUAAAUAUCAAUGGACAGUUGGAAAGACCACAUUUACAGAUAAACAAAAACCAUGCUCUUUUACAAAGAAGUAUUUCAUUGGGAGGAACUUAUCCAAAUGUUUCCUGUUUAUCCAGCCUUAAGCACAAUUGUUCUAAGGGGGGACCAUCUCAAUUACUCAUAAAGUUUGCAUCUAGAAAUGAAGGUAAAGUUGAUAAUUUAACAACAGACAGCAACAGAGAUUGCACAAAUGAACUAUCUAAUUCUUUACAGCAUUCUUGUAAGACAAGAGAUGAUUUCCUAGGUCAAGUGGAUGUUCCUCUUUAUCCAUUACCGACAGAAAAUCCAAGAAUGGAGAGACCAUAUACAUUUAAGGAUUUUGUUCUUCACCCAAGAAGUCACAAAUCAAGAGUUAAAGGUUAUCUGAGAUUAAAAAUGACUUACUUACCUAAAACCAGUGGCUCAGAAGAAGAUAACACAGAACAGGCUGAGGAAUUAGAGCCUGGCUGGGUGGUUUUGGACCAACCAGAUGCUGCUUGCCAUUUGCAGCAGCAACAAGAACCUUCCCCUCUACCUCCAGGAUGGGAAGAGAGGCAGGAUAUUCUUGGAAGGACCUACUAUGUAAACCAUGAAUCUAGAAGAACACAGUGGAAAAGACCAACCCUUCAGGACAACCUAACAGAUGCUGAGAAUGGUAACAUUCAACUGCAAGCCCAGCGUGCAUUCACCACCAGGCGGCAGAUAUCUGAGGAAACAGAAAGUGUUGACAGCCGAGAGUCUUCCGAGAACUGGGAAGUUAUAAGAGAAGAUGAAGCCACCAUGUACAGCCAUCAGGCCUUCCCCUCAUCUCCACCAUCAAAUAACUUGGAUGUCCAGACUCAUCUUGCAGAAGAAUUGAAUGCCAGACUCACUGUUUAUGGAAAUUCAGCCACUGGCCAGCCAGUAUCCAGCUCAAAUCAUUCCAGCAGAAGAGGCAGCUUACAAGCCUAUACUUUUGAGGAACAGCCUACACUUCCUGUGCUCUUGCCUACUUCAUCUGGAUUGCCACCAGGUUGGGAAGAAAAACAAGAUGAAAGAGGAAGAUCAUAUUACGUGGAUCAUAAUUGCAGAACUACUACCUGGAUAAAGCCCACUCUACAGGCCACAGUGGAGACCAGUCAGCUGCCGUCAAGCCAGGGUUCUUCUGCAGGCCCUCACCCACAGGCCCCCACGAGUGACGUAGCACAGCAGGUGACCCAGCCAUCUGAAGUGGAGCAAGGAUUCCUUCCCAAAGGCUGGGAAGUCCGGCAUGCACCAAACGGGAGGCCUUUCUUCAUUGACCACAACACCAAAACCACCACCUGGGAAGAUCCAAGACUGAAAAUUCCAGCUCAUGUGAGAGGAAAGACAUCACUUGAUUCUUCCAAUGACCUGGGGCCUUUACCUCCAGGAUGGGAAGAAAGAACUCACACCGAUGGAAGAAUCUUCUACAUAAAUCACAAUAUAAAAAGAACGCAAUGGGAAGAUCCUCGGUUGCAGAAUGUAGCAAUUACUGGACCAGCAGUGCCCUACUCCAGGGAUUACAAAAGAAAGUAUGAGUUCUUCCGAAGAAAGUUGAAGAAGCAGAAUGACAUUCCAAACAAAUUUGAAAUGAAACUUCGCCGUGCAACUGUCCUUGAGGACUCUUACAGGAGAAUUAUGGGGGUCAAGAGAGCAGACUUCCUCAAGGCUAGACUGUGGAUUGAGUUUGAUGGCGAAAAGGGACUAGAUUAUGGAGGAGUCGCCAGAGAAUGGUUCUUUCUGAUUUCGAAGGAAAUGUUUAACCCUUAUUAUGGGUUGUUUGAAUAUUCUGCUACGGAUAAUUAUACCCUACAGAUAAAUCCCAACUCUGGAUUGUGUAAUGAAGAUCACCUCUCUUACUUCAAGUUUAUUGGCCGGGUAGCUGGGAUGGCAGUUUAUCAUGGCAAACUGUUGGAUGGCUUUUUCAUCCGCCCAUUUUACAAGAUGAUGCUGCAGAAGCCAAUAACACUUCAUGAUAUGGAAUCAGUGGAUAGUGAGUAUUACAAUUCACUAAGAUGGAUUCUUGAAAACGACCCAACAGAACUGGACCUCAGGUUUGUCAUAGAUGAAGAACUUUUUGGACAGACCCAUCAACAUGAGUUGAAAAACGGCGGAUCAGAAAUAGUCGUCACCAAUAAGAACAAAAAGGAAUAUAUUUAUCUUGUAAUACAAUGGCGAUUUGUAAACCGAAUCCAGAAGCAAAUGGCUGCUUUUAAAGAGGGAUUUUUUGAACUGAUACCACAGGAUCUCAUCAAAAUUUUUGACGAAAAUGAACUAGAGCUUCUGAUGUGUGGCUUGGGAGAUGUCGAUGUGAAUGACUGGAGAGAACACACAAAGUACAAAAAUGGCUACAGUGUAAAUCAUCAAGUCAUCCAGUGGUUUUGGAAGGCUGUUUUAAUGAUGGACUCAGAAAAAAGAAUACGAUUACUUCAGUUUGUCACUGGCACAUCCCGUGUGCCUAUGAAUGGAUUUGCUGAACUGUAUGGCUCAAACGGACCACAGUCAUUUACAGUUGAGCAGUGGGGCACCCCUGAGAAGCUGCCAAGAGCUCAUACGUGCUUUAAUCGCUUGGACUUGCCACCGUAUGAGUCAUUUGAAGAAUUAUGGGAUAAACUUCAGAUGGCCAUUGAGAACACUCAGGGUUUUGAUGGCGUUGAUUAGAUUACAAGUAACAAUCUAUGGUGUUUUACUGCCGCUUUUUUAUAAGCAAAAUCUUGACUUAAAAUUUUCCAGGGAACUACUAACCCUUGGCCAUUGAUGCUUCCCAGAUAUUGGAGAAAAUCAUGUCAAAGAAUUAGAAGAAAUAGUAUGACAACUUUUCCAUUAUUUCAUUCACUUAUAUAAGGUGUUGCUUUUACGCAGUUGUUUUGUUCUAUCUUGAGUUCACCCUCUAGUAUAUAAGUCCUGUGUGCCUGAAAUCAUGAGUUUUGUCCUUGACAUUUACCUCUUUUACAGUAUUUGCCAGGCAGUUUCUUAAACUACUGAAAUUAUAACUGUGAAAUAUUUGUGAUAAGUGUCAUGUGUGAAAAGUUUGAUGCUUUUUGAGAAGGAAACUGAAAUUGGGGAAAAAAACUUUAAUAUUGAGUACACUACAAUAUACUCAGUGCUGCCUGCAGCUAGUUAUUAUUUUGUAGACCUGCCUACUGCACGUUACUGCCCAGAUUUUUGAAAAAAAUCUUAGAAAGUAUGUUACCUAUAUUUUUAGUCAACUGAUUCACUUGCAAAAAGCUGUUUACGUCUUCAUUUUAAAAAGCAUUUGGCUUUUGUUAAUAUGCGGUUUUACUAAGCAAGGUGGUUCAUAAGACAUGAAGCAAAUUCAAAUUUGCGAAGGGUUAAAGGUAUUAACACCUCCCUCUUGCCUGUAUAUCCUUAUGGCUCAUUGGUAGAGUCAUCACUCUUUACUGUGUUAGUUUAGUUAAAAGAAUUCCUUCUUGAAACUAAAGCUUGACAAAGCAGUAUUCCUAAAUAAGCCUUGAAGAACUAAGUCAAAUAUAUAAUACUUGCCUUUACUAGUCAUUCUUUACACUUGCACAAUUAUGUAGUAAAUAUAUGUUUACAGGGUUUAUUAUGUUUACAGAUUAAGCUAAUCUCUGCAGUUGCAUUUUUAUAUUUUUAGUAUUUCACUUUAGUCAAAAAAACCAAAUAAUUUGUUAAAAAUAACCAAAGAAUAGUUAUAAUGCAUAAUUUGUAUUAAAUUACCAUAUUUCUUAUGCUUUUUUAAAAACCUGUUUACUAUGAAAAUGUUUUGCUAUAAAUCCAAAACUCUUUAGGCAAAAUGCUACAGAUAGACUCCGACUUUAACCAAACUGAAGUACAUAAAAAUCCUGUGCAUGCAUUCAGUGAAGGUUUACUGAAUGCCUGCGAUGUGCAUAGCUCUGUCUAGGCCCUGGGGUGAGAGUUGUCAGCUUCAAAGAAAUCUAGCUGAGUCCCCAUCCUCAAGGAACUUACAGAUGUGUAAAGGAAUUUUCAAACAAUCAAAAGUCGGGGUGAGGGCUUCCCUGGUGGCGCGGUGGUUGAGAGUCCGCCUGCCGAUGCAGGGGACACGGGUUCGUGCCCCGGUCCGGGAGGAUCGCACAUGCCGCGGAGCGGCUGGGCC